GACGGAGUCUUCUUUGACGCGAAAUAUGGCGAGCGCAAAGCGGAAACGAACCGACGAUGAGGUAGAAACCUCAACUCCACGCAAACUACGUACUCGAGCCGCAAACGAGGAUGAACCGGACGAAGAGGCAGUUCCUGAGGUCUCAACUCCGUCCAGAAGAACGAGAGGUCGACAGAUAGUUGAGGAUGGGACUCCGAAAUCCAUUUUGAAGAAGAGUGGAGCCUUCAAUGGAGUCAGCGGAACCACUCCGAAAUCGCAUCGUAAACUCCUUUUUACUACUCCGUCCAAGUCCGGCAAAACCGAGACACCAAACGGUCUCCCUACUAUAGUUCGCAAUGCAGACCGCAGCGCUCGACGAAAAAGCAACAGGAAGCUUCUAGAACGUACCCUAAACGGAGCAGACAGCGAUGAGGAGGCCCUAGACGAAGAGGAUACAUUAGCACAGCAGAUCUUGAGCGAUGAGGAAGAAGAAGACGUGCAGGGACAAGAUGCUCCAGAUAUAGGGGAGCAAGAGGAUAUACAGAUACCGGAAACCCCGUCGAAACGUGCAAGAGGCCGACCCAAAGGCUCGGGCAGGCAGCGGAAACAACGCUCCCCGACUCCACCUCAGGAUCUCCCUCCGUAUGAGGAAUAUUUUUGGCAGAAUCGCGCUGGCGGAAACAAAACUUCUAACAACACACUGUCCGCCCAGUGCCUUCUCAAUCACGAUGAAUAUUUCCAGGCAAUGCAGUGCUAUGAAGACCAUCACAACUCCGAGAAAGAAUUUCUUUUAGAGUUGCAUAGCCGUGCAUUCAAUCAAUGGAUAUUCGAGCUAGAAGAAGGGUUCAAUGUCUGCCUAUAUGGAUAUGGCUCGAAGAGGCCAAUAACUGAAAGAUUCACGGCGCAUCUCUACGACCACCUUUGCGGGCAAUCCCCAUACAUGGGGUCAAAGAAGACUCCCAAGAUCGUGGUCAUUAACGGGUAUACCUCAGGAACUACCAUGAAGGAAAUCUUGAAUACUGUGGCAUCGAUCAUUAUACCCCCAAAUACCAAGACACCCAACCAACUAUCUUCUUUGCUUGCAUUUCUCCUCGAUCGUCUCUCCGAGUCACCACCUUCGCAUCCGAUACCAAUUAUUCUCAAUUCGGUCGACUCACCGUACCUUCGAAAAUCCCCAACUCCGUCAAUGCUAGCGAGCCUUGCCGCACAUCCUUUCAUAAACCUCUUCUGCACAGCGGACUCGCCCAACUUCCCUCUCCUCUGGGAUGUUGGGCUCAAAGCGCAGUUUAAAUUUCUCUUCCACGACGCUACCACGUUCGCACCGUACGACGCUGAGAUCGACGUCGUAGAAACUGUAAAUGAACUUCUAGGCCGCAGUGGUAGAAGAGUUGGUGGCAGAGAUGGAGUGGGCUUCGUCUUGCGCUCCUUGCCCGAGAACGCUCGGUCUCUCUUCAGAAUCCUUAUCACGGAGCAGUUGGCUGUGCUCUUAGCUGAUGAUGAUGACCGUGGGGCCAACGGAGACGGUCCUACUGCCACUCCACGCAACAAAAGGAUUGUCUCAACCAAAAAUAUCCUGCCAGAAGCUACUCAAGGGGUUGAAUACCGUGUUUUAUAUCACAAAGCCGUGGAAGAGUUUGUUUGCUCCAGCGAAGUAGGAUUUAGAACACUGCUCAAGGAGUUCCAUGACCAUCAGAUGAUUGAGAGUAGGAAGGAUGCAAUGGGUACUGAGAGGUUAUGGGUGCCAUUCAGACAAGAGGAGUUGGAAGGUCUCGCGGAAGACCUGUCAGGAGAUUCGUUCUAAUUGGCACUCUAUGAUACCUAACUCAGCCGUUUAUUUGAUAGUUAUUUUUAAGUUUCACAAACUUCUGACCCUGCACCCCUUUCAUGGUUGUGCAUGACUUUCCUCUUCACAUUUCAUAAGUUCCUCUGUUUCUCUGAAAGGAUUCACCCUGAAAUUCAUGGCUAUUGUCUUAUGGCUUAUUUGAGGGCUACAUCUGUAUCCCGUCACUCUUUCCUAGGCUUAGCGUAGCGGGUCUCAAAGGCUCUCCUUCCCCACUACUUCAUUAAGCAUUCGUGGAUCUCACUAUGUAUAGCUCGGACAUAUUUUGUGGUUGUGAUAGCUUCUUAGCGCAGCGUGGAAUCGAGAUCAGACGGUGCUGAGGGUAUAAACACCUCGACCAGGCAUUAUGAAC